AUGAAUUUGAACAAUGUUCUAAUUCUGAACGGCACUAAUUUUAGAGCUUGGAAGAAUUCUCUGGAACACUAUUUGAUGAUGCAUGAGAAUAUGGAUCUUUGUUUCACUGAUGACCAACCUGAACCCUUAACUGAAGAAAGUACUGCAGAGGAUAGAAAGGAGGCUAGAGCUUGGUAUAGGGCUAACAGGAUGGCCAAAAAUGUUAUGAGGAAUACCAUGUCUGACACAGUGAGAGGUAGUAUUGAGGAGCCUGAAUUAGCCACUGACUAUAUGGAGGCAAUAGAAAGAAAAUUUAAGGAGAGUGAAAAAGCUGAAGCUGCAAGACUAUCUAAGGCUUUCCAUGAUCUUAGGUACAGUGGUACUGGGGGAGUUAGAGAGCACCUAUUGAAGCUUAUCAACAUAAAUGCUAGGCUUAGAGAGCUACUUAUGGGAGUCAAUGAUGACCAGGUGGUGCAUGUUGCACUGCAUUCCUUACCUAGCAGUUUCAGUGGACUUAGAACCAGUUAUAACUCUCAGAAGGGAACCUGGCUCUGA